AUGAGAUGUGAGGGACAACUCAUCACUCGAGUGAACCCCCCGUCGUAUACCUAUACCACUGUUACUCACACGACAACAGCACACUCAGUGAUUAACAAUAAUUGCGACAACACUUCGUCCCAAACUAUGUUCAGAGACAAUUGGAGGGGAUGUGCUGAGUGGAGGGCAGAGGGUCUGCCAAUUAAGAGCAGUUCCUCUGACGCAGCCGUCAAACUAUAUGACGCGGCCGUCACUCAAAUGUUCUCUCAGGAGUGGAGGGCAGAGGGUCUGCCAAUUAAGAGCAGUUCCUCUGACGCAGCCGUCAAACUAUAUGACGCGGCCGUCACUCAACUCAUCGGAUGGUACGACGACCCGAAUAUGGGAGGCCUGGCCAAGACUUGCGAUGAUAUGCUUCGAGCGGACCCUCAUUUCGUUUUGGGCCGAAGUUUUAGUCUGGGCUUAGAGCUGAUCGGAACGGGAACUACAGUAAGACUGGACAGGGAUCUCAAGAAACAAUUGGAAGAGUUGGUGGAAACGGCUGAUAAAAACAAAGAUAAAUUAGAGGACAGGGAGUAUAAACACGUGAAAGCCAUUGAACGGUUCGCUUGUGGCGAUUGGGGCGGCGCCUCUGAUAUAUGGGAACAGAUAUUAGUGGACAACCCGACAGACCUCCAGGCGCUUAAGUUCUCGCACGACUCGCUCUUCUAUUUGGGAAAAAGCACACAAAUCCGGGACUCAAUCGCGAGAGUACUUCCCGUUUGGAAACAGAGUUCACUUCCACUCAAAAGGUUUUCCAAUCUUUGA